CAUGACAACCGGCUGGACUGCUGACGUCGGAAUCCUUUUCUAACCUUUUUUUGAUGGGUAGUCGUCUGUUUUUUUCGGACGUUGACUUUGACCUUGAAGAUUUGGAUUUAGACUCCCAACAACCCUCAACAGUAGACGCAUUCACUACCAUUAUGACAGGCGAUAAACGAAAUAAACCUUCACCCAAAACCGCAGCACUACGAGACGCAUCCAUCGAUGCCUUUGCUGAAAUCAUUAAAUCAGGCCAAGGUACGCUCAUGGCCACACACUCAUUUUCCCACCCACUACUGACAUCACGUUGUAGCCAAAAAGAUCAUUGUUAUGACUGGCGCCGGUAUCUCCACUGCUGCCGGAAUACCCGAUUUUCGAUCCAAAGGAACCGGCCUUUACGAUAACCUGCAGAAAUUCAAUUUACCAUAUGCAGAGGCUAUUUUUGACAUUGAUUAUUUCAUGGAAAAACCAGAGCCCUUUUACGCAUUGGCAAAAGAACUUUUCCCUGGCAAGUAUUUGCCUACCAAGACCCAUUAUUUCAUCAAGCUGCUACAUGAUCACAAUGUCUUGCUUCACAACUUUACCCAAAACAUUGAUACGCUGGAACGUCUGACCGGAUUGCCCGGUACUCACUUGGUAGAAGCCCACGGCAGCUUUGCAUCGGCGACGUGCGUUCACUGUAAAAGCCCUGGUGACAUUAACCAUGUCAAGAAACAUAUCCUUAAAUCCCAAAUACCUCGAUGCACAAGCUGUAAAGACGGCUUGAUCAAACCCGACAUCACAUUCUUUGGCCAGUCAUUGCCUGAAAAGUUCUACGACAGCCUUGACUUGUUCGACGAAGCAGAUUUGCUCAUUGUCAUUGGUACAAGCUUGCAAGUUCAACCUUUUGCUUCACUUGUUGAUGCUGUCAAUAGCGAAGUUCCAAGACUUUUGAUAAAUCGCGAGCCUGCCGGUGUGUUCCAAUCGAGACGAGGGUAUGAGCUGAGAGGAAAGGCGAAGAAGAAGCGAGACGCUGUCUGGCUGGGCGAUUGUGAUGGUGGUGUAGAAAAGCUAGCCGAGCUGCUAGGUUGGGGCAAAGAACUUGAUGAGUUGCAUAGGAAGGGUCAUGAGCAAUUGAAAGCUAAAUGGAUUAAGGAAGAAGAAGCUCUUGAAGAAGAACCCGAAACUCUACCAAGUGGCAAGGAAACCGCAGCUGAGAAGGAAACCAUUGAUCAAUUGGCUGAGGAACUUGAGAAAGUACUUCAUGUUCCUGAGACUAAAGAUGAGAACAUCCUCAAGGAUGAUGUCAAAGAUCCCAAACCUGAAGAUACCAAAGAAGACAAUGGCAAAAAGCCAUCUCAAUUAUAAUCUUCCUUUGAAAUAGGCAUCAACUUGUACAUAUAUCGUAGUUUCAUAUAAAAAAUGCCGUUGCGUAACCUUUCUUCCGCUAUUACUAAAGUCGAUCGUAAUCACCAAAGCAUUUCUCAAUAGGCAUGGAGUAAAUUGUCAUAGCAUUCAUUUGGUUUAUUGAUAUUACUUGCUACCUUAGUGUUAAUAUGUCAUGAGAUAAAUGGAGUUAUGAUAAUGCAUAGCAGUCAUUAUAAUGUCGUUCAAUAGCGACUUUUGAAGUUGAUAUGCAGAUCUUCUGCGGCUAAAACAAUACCGUGUUUACCAAACUUGAGGCUAUCCUUAUGAAUAGAAUCUUCAGGAAGGGUCAGCUCAUACUUUUGUAAAAUGGCACUCAGUGCGACACGCUGUUCAGCCAAGCUAAAGUUCAUGC